AUGGCAGAACCCACUGAGAUCCGCAGUCAAAUAUCAGAGAUUCACAAACUUUGCCGUGGCGACGGCGACGGCGCCGGUGAAGAAUCAAACCCUUCGGAUUCCCCCGAUUUACUCCUCGACUGUGCUCUUUAUGUUCAAAACACAGUGGAACAAAUUGUAUCCGAAUUCUCUGAUUUCGAUUCCCUAGGAAUUUCAGAUUUAGAUACUUAUAUAGAGCAUUUGCAAAAGGAACUUAACAAUGUAGAGGUUGAAACUGCCAAUGUAGUUACCGAGAUUGAGCAUCUUGCAAAAACUAAUCAGGAUGAUUCUGUUCAAUUGGAGGCCAAACUUGAAGAAUUGGAGCAGAUGACAGCUGAGGCUAAUGAAGGAAAUGUUUCCCCGAUGUUGCUAGACACCGACAUGAAUCUAGGAGAAAAUUUGGAGCAAUUGGAACUUGAAAAUAAGGUUGAUGAAUUGAAGUCGAUUCUGAAGGCUGUGGAGUGUCUUCAGUGUAAGGUUGAAUGGUUUAAUGCUCUAGAGCAGGUUGACGAUGCAUUGGCUGGUCUAAAAGUGAUUGCAUUUGACGUGAAUUACAUUAGGCUGUCUUUACAGACUUAUGUCCCAACGGUAGAGAGCAUUUCAUGCCUACAGAGAGUUGAAGAUACCAUUGAUGCAUCUGUGCUGAGUCACGAGUUAUUGAUUGAAGUGUUUGAGGGGACCACAAAGUUAAAGGAUAUUCAGGUUUUUCCUAGGGAUAUAUAUGUGGAUGACAUUGUCGAUAAUGCAAAGUCUGUCAGGUCCACUGUUUUCUUCUUUUCUCUGUCUAGUAAGUCCUCAUUGCAGUGGUUAAUACAAAAACUGCAAGAUAGAAUUAUACUAGGCACUCUUAGGUGUCUCGUGGUAAAGGAUGCUAAUAAAUCAAGAUAUUGUCUUGAGUACUUGGACAAAGAUGAGACUAUUGUAGCUCAUUUGGUUAGAGGAGUUGAUGCAUACAUAAAAUUGUCUCAUGGUUGGCCAAUUUUUGGUUCUCCAUUGAAGCUGAUAUCUAUCAGGGGGUCAGAUAUUUUGAAGAAACGUUCUCCAAAUUUUCACUGCGAAGUUGAGAAUUUGGCCAAGAAUCUAGAUACUCAUAAUCAGCAAAAUAUACUGGACUUUGUUGAUGCUGUUGAAAAAGUGAUUAUAGAACAGUUGCAGCUUGAUCCUAGAGCCGCUGCUGGCUCUGGCUAA